CUGCAUUACUUAUUUUCCCCAAUUUUAUUAAUUCUUUUUUUUAUCAAGAAAAACCUCUCUUCAAUUCUCAAUUAAUCUUUCUAAUCUUUCGCAGUGCCUCAAAGCUUCAAACCACAGUCAACGUAUCAAAAACUCUGCUUCCGCCCCUAAAAAUACACAGAUGGAAGGGAAUCAUACCCACGACGAUGAUUUCAGCGAAGAAAACGAAACACAAAGUACAUCGGAGACAACAGAACCGCAAACGUUGAAUACGCCGGAACCAACUUCGGUAAUGAAAGAAGAGCUAACGGAAACGGAACGUCAUGGCAUCGACGAGUCACUUUCUGUUGGUGUUCUACCUAUGCCGAUGCCAUUAACAGUAUCGGCGGCGAAGAAACCGUCGAAAGACCGUCAUACGAAGGUGGAAGGUCGUGGCCGGAGAAUCCGAAUGCCGGCAACAUGUGCCGCCAGAAUAUUCCAACUAACACGGGAGCUUGGUCACAAAUCCGACGGAGAAACAAUACGGUGGUUGCUAGAACAAGCUGAACCUUCCAUCAUAGAAGCAACUGGCACCGGAACAGUUCCUGCCAUCGCCGUUUCAGUCGGCGGCACGUUAAAGAUUCCAACUUCAUCACCGGCGAGACCAGACGGUGAAGAAGCUCCAAAGAAACGAAGGAGAAGAGCAUCAAAUAGUGAAUUUAUUGAUGUGAAUGAACAAGUUUCAAUGUGUUCAGGGUUAGCACCAAUUGCACAAACUGCAUACGGCGGUGCUGCCGGUGGAAGUGGUGGUGGAAUAGUCCCUUUAUGGCCUGUGGUAAGUAGCGGUGGUUCAAAUGCAACAGGACCAUUUUUUAUGUUCCCUAAUUCAACUACGAAUCAGCCACAAUUUUGGGCUAUUCCUGCGGCACCGUUUUUUAAUGUUCAAAAUAGACCCAUUUCAGAUUUUGUUUCUGCUAUGCAUAUGCAACAACCUUUGAAUGUUGCUUCGGCUUUUGGAAAUACUAAUUGUUCGUCUACUUUGGCUCCUAGUUUGAGCUCAGCAAAUACUACUACAACUACUUGUUCUUCUGCUGCUACUUCUUCAUCUUCAUCUCAGAUGCUAAGGGAUUUCUCUUUGGAAAUUUAUGAUAAGAAAGAGCUUCAAUUUAUGGAUUCUUCUGCUUCAAAUUUAGAACCACCCCCUACUUCAAAUUAAAAGCUCCAUCUUUUUUUAGUUAGUAGAAAAAUAUGCUAGACUUUAGACAAUGUUUUGUUAAAUUUUAAGUAGAGGUACUUGGUGUCUAUCUUUUUUUUUUUUUUUAGCUUUUUUGAGGAAACCCCUUUUUGAAUUUAUUU